AUGAUUUCCCGACCCAAGGUCGUUGUACUACCCGUUACCGAUCAAGUAAUCCAGCGUGUUGAAGCUUGGGCUGCUGCUGAAGGUGUUACUUCCGUGAAGUUCUUUGAUAAGAAGAGAGAUUUGGAGACUUUUCAAGAUGGCGAUCAAAUUGCAGGAGUGGAUGACACAGAACAAGGUUACUUAGAAGAAGCCUUUGAUCAGGACUAUGAACCUGAAGAUGAAGAUGAACGUGAUUUCAAUCUCCAUGGACAAUUCGAUGAUAUCAAUGACUCCAAAAGAGAAGAGCUCUUGGCAGAUGCAGACAAUGAUGUCGAUGAUAUGCCAAAACUCACUGUCAGAUUCCAAGGAGAUGAUGACUAUAUAUAA